CGUGCAUGGCACCAUUUGCUGACGGUGGAGUAUUUUCCAAAUGGUUAAAAUAUUUGAAAUUUGGUGACCGCGGCCCGAGAAUAUCGCAGCAGGGAAUUCACACGAAAAAUUAAUUUUCUUUGACAAACAACCAUAGCCAUGUUUCAGUCUUGUUGGUCGCCGUUUGUUUGGACUAACAAUGUCAAGACAGGAUGCAAAGCCAUUGCUUGUUAUACAAUUGCAAUUAGUAUAAUAAUUAUUACAUUAAUCUGUUAUCAAUUAAAUGGAGGUGAUUCCACUCAGUUGUAUAAUCCUCUUUUUGAGGCUGAUGUCAGAGGAUCUAUGCAAGUUGUUGGAGGAUUCUUCAUCUUUUAUUUUAUUCUGCUGAUUACAUCAGGAGGUUUGAUGGUACAUGGACUUAGAGAAGGAGUAAGAGGAUGGCUACUUCCUUGGCUUAUACUGUGGUUCAUUGCAUGUUUGUUUCAAUUAGUUUUUGGACUGUGGCUUGUAGGGGGCUACUACAUCUAUCUUGAUGCCACAUUUGCUGCAAUGUGUAAUUGGUUCUGGAUGUCGUAUAAUAUAUACUGUUGGUUAGUUGUCCUGUCGAUGUACAAAAUAUUUGAGGAAUUGCAAUCUCCAAAUAUAGAGCUUCUGUGGCCUUAAGUAGCCGUAUAAUACUAACUAUAAGAGAUAGAGUACAUUGAUUGGCACCAAAGUAAGAUACAGUGUUUCUACAGAUGCAUCUACAACUUUCUACUUUGUAUAUUUCU